UCUCCCGCGUGUUUCAGAAAGCGGCUGUGACCGGGCGGAAGUAAUUCCUUCGACUGCCCCGGAACCCACGGGGGCGAGCAGCUGGGGCGGGGGGGGCGGCCCUGGAAUAGGGGCUGUGGCGGUACACCGGGGAGACAGCUGCGGUGGCUGCAUUAGCUGCAGGACUGACAAGAAACUACUAAAGUUCCUGUGGAACCAAAGUAGAAUUUUAUAAGAACAUAAUGGAUGGAGAAGAGAAAACCUAUGGUGGCUGUGAAGGCCCUGAUGCCAUGUAUGUUAAAUUGAUAUCUUCUGAUGGUCACGAAUUUAUUGUAAAAAGAGAACAUGCACUAACAUCAGGAACAAUAAAAGCCAUGUUGAGUGGCCCAGGUCAGUUUGCUGAGAAUGAAACCAAUGAGGUGAAUUUUAGAGAGAUUCCUUCUCACGUUCUUUCAAAAGUCUGCAUGUAUUUUACCUACAAGGUUCGCUAUACUAACAGCUCCACCGAGAUUCCCGAAUUCCCCAUUGCACCCGAAAUUGCACUGGAACUGCUGAUGGCUGCGAACUUCUUAGACUGUUAAAUAAAAUAAAUUAUAAUAAACUGUUAAUUUUUUCAGUAUUUAAUACCUGUAGUUCAGUUAGUAAUUUUUUCAUAUGUAGCAUGUUGCCUGUAUGCAAUUGAACUAUAAAGUUAAUUGCAAAGCAGAUUAUCUUCUGUUCUUUUGCAUAGCAAUCAGAAUUGAAAUUUGUUUGCUACAUCAACAAGUUAAGGACGUUUUCACAAACAGAAAUAAACAAAUAUGCCAAUUCGUAGGUGGUUUUGCUUUAUCUUUUGGAUGUGAAUUAAAAUUACAACAGUGAUGAUGAUAAAUGCUGAAAUGUAGGCAUGAGUGACAUGUUCUACAGGUAAAUAAUGGGGCUAAGUAUUUUUAUGUUUUUAGUAUUUUUUUUAUAAACCAAUUCUGAUCUUAUAGCCGCUGAUAGCAUUAUUAGAGUCAUGCAGAUAAUUACAUGAAAAACAUGUUUAUAACUUAGCUAAAACAUUGAUUUUUUAUAACUCUCAAAGAAUAAGAGUUGAAAUUUCCUAUGUGUUUUUGAUAAAUGCAGUAUUGUUUAAGUG